GGGAAAAAUUCUCCUGGCUCAUUGAAACUACCACCACUGUUGAAAGAUCAAGUGACAUCCCACGCGAACAAAAACGUCAACAUCGAAAAAAAUACCAGAACAUCAGAAAAGGGCCAAUAACAUUCACUUCUAUCACGUACACUGCACUGCAAACCGUAAAAUAUAAUAGCUUCUGUUCGUUCAGACGUAUUGCAAGAUGCUGGCAAGAUUUCUUGCCCAGUCUGCUGCCGAGUCGUCGUUAAAUGUAAUUUUGUACCUUGUGUUUUCGUGAAACUAAUCCCCCAAAAGUCAGCUUCCUACGACGUCACUCAACGAUGGACGAGAAACAAGAUCAUUCCGAUACUCCAGUGAAGGAGGAAUUCCAGUGCAAAAUCGAUGGAUGCAAGCAGAGCUUUACCACCGAGCUGCAUUGCAAUGUGCACACGAAAAAGCACGACUUGAGCUUAAACUUAGAGAUGCCGCAGAAGGGUCCUGGGGUCAUCUUCGCUGACCAAACACCCACCCCGACGCGAUUGAUUGGUAAAUGUGAAGAGGUUGGUUUGUUCGAGGAUCUGCAGAAGGUGAACCCGUUUGAUGAAACGUUUCGCAGAGCUGUCGAAUCGGGCGGGAGCAGUGGUUCUUCGUUAACCGGUGACCAGACACCAUUGGCAACUACACACACGGUGCCCUGCUGUCGAGCUGCAGAAGGGGAAACACUUCAUACACCGCACAUAUUCCCGAGUGGUAUCGAUCGAUCGUCUAUUGAUCUCCUUGGUAACGAGAAUGUUGCUGCUAAGCAACGGCAAAAAAUCAAACCCAGUGGUGCAUCCUUGCGAACUAAGCAACAGCAGCUAGAGCAAGCAAUUGCUGUUACUAGCAGAACCAACGCUGAGCAAAGAAGCUCUAAAAAGACACCCACCAAGCGUAAAACGCCUUCCGUGGUGGACAUACUACCGAAGCCGUCCGUACAACACAUAUCGCACACAAGCGAACCGAUUCCACUCAUCAUCAUUCCGUCCGACACUUCGGAUACAAAGCAACCUGCGGAAGGAACGGUUCUUGUGAAGGAAAAGCUAAAGGAACACUUAGCUAAAGUGCGGGAAACGACACAGGGACCGAAGGAGAGCUCGUCGGCCAAGAAACGUGCAAAGCACGGGGAGGUAAAAGGUGAAACGUCCAUCACACCCACGAAACCGAUCGAUCUCACUAAACCAACGGACGAGCAAGCAAUUUUAAAGCACGAACGAUGGAAAGCGGCCGCUAAACGCUACAGAAUGCGCGUAAAGAAAAGUCAAGAUCAGCAGCUUCAGCGCAACAUCCAGCUUGAAGAGGAAAAUCUUCGACUGCGUACACAGCUUGCCGAAUUGCAGCACGCUCACCGCAACUGUAAUGUGACGCGCACUAACAGUUCCUUAAAAGUUGCCCUGGUGCAGGGUACAUCGCAAAGCAUUGCAAAUGCCACCGUAACACAGCAGGGCGCGAGUUCAACACUGCUCAACACAAUCGAACAACAGCACCAGCUGCAGCAACAACAGCCGGUUCCAUUGUCCGUCCCACAGCAACGAUUAAUUACAUCACACAUCAUCGAUAGCAACACGUUUAACCGUAUGCCGAUUAUCAUUGUGAUGGGACCGACAGCAACGCAACCGGCUGCGCCUGCUGUCGCGAGUGAUGGUUAAGCUUGUGCCUUACACGAGGGAACCGGGUAAACAUAUGGAUGUAUUUUUUUAGCAUUUUUUUAACCCUUUGACUGCCCUCAAUAGGCUUUUUAUGAUUUAUGACAACGAUUGAUAAUAGACGAAUAUUCAGGCGGAAAUACUCGUGCAUUAUUGAUUAUGCUAACAUCACUUUUCAUAAAAUUGAUUUAAUUUCACCCGACAGUGGAUGCAAGCGUGUUCAAUACAAUACAUUAUUACUAACGGUCCAACACUGGUAAUGUUUGAAAGAUAAUUGUGUAGAGAAACAUUUAUUUUACUUUAAUUUUUUGUUGACUUCAUAAAGCCCUUAAAGUCGCUACGGUACACCUGUACGAUGCAUUGGGUCUGUUAUCGUUUUUGUUAAGUUUAAUUAAAGCUUUCAAUUAAUGAACCCGUCUGGAAAUCAGAUCAAGUAAAUCAAGCUAAUUUGAAUGUGACCCAGUUGUGUGAAAGGGGUUUUAAAGGUGAAAUUGCAUCGAUCUUAGCCCAUAAAGACAUUUUAGGUUGUCCACAAACAAACAACGACGCAAAGCGAUAGAAUAGUGCCUGAUUAGAAAGUACCCGGUUCCUGUACGGAAUUUAUUCAGCUAUCGUUUACAAUUAUGGGACUUGCCCUCUAGUAGCGUAACGGACAAAACAAAAAAACAAACAAACACAUAGUGUUUCUUUUAAAGAGUAGAAAAGUUAAUCAACACAUUUGUUCUUUUAUAGCAUUUGAAACAUUGUUAGUACGCGUUAUAUUGCUUAAUAAAUUGUUCAGCAAUUCCCUAACGAAA